GGGGCCAAGUACAAACCUGUUGCGCAGAAGGUUCGACCAGUCGACGCCGAGUUACCUGAGGAGAUGCAACUAAGUCGCUCACAUAUGCCCAAAGCGAAGAGCCCUGGGACCGUGCUGGAUAGCAAGAAAUUGGAUCAGAUGCAUAUAGGUGAUGGAGCACUAACGCAGGCUGAGGUCCAUAUGUUUCGGACAAUGUUACCAGAUGUGCAAGCAGCGUUUGCAUUCAACAAUAGCGAGAUGGGAUUAUUGGUCGAUGACGUUGAGCCACCUGUGCGGAUUCCUACUGUGGAGCAUAAGCCAUGGCAGUACAGGGCAUACCCAGUCGCCAAAGGGCUAUACGAGCGAGUUGUCGAACUUCUCCAGACAAAGCUAGAUGCGGGAGUACUAGAGCCAGCCAUAGGUGCAUAUGCAAACCGAUGGUUUGUCAUUGCCAAGAAGGACAAGUCUAAGCUGCGG